GAUCGUCCGAGAAAUGUACUGCGCGCGUAGUAUCGCGAUUCUGUUCCGGUGAUGUGAUUGCGGUGUUUUUUUCUUAUAACGUUUUAUAGUUUAAAAUUCUAAAAAACAUUUGUCAACCAUCAAAAAUCGGAUUUUCACAUUACGAGCGUCCGGAUACAUAAUAAUAUAAGUGAAUUCCAAAGACGCCCAAAAUGUUGUGGCAGUUUUUGCCCGUGUGCUUUCUGGCAGUCCUCGUUAAGGCUGGCGGAUCGCCGCUGGAAAUUGGCGUGGACCCCAGCCAAGAUGAUUCCGGAGUGAUAAUGAUGAACUCCGCCAUGGCCGAUCGUUUCGUGCGCCAGAGCGGUUACGGGCAUGAAAACGGCGUCGAACACAGGGUGCAACUCAAGGGCAUCCGCGUGGACUGCGGCGCUGCGUCAGCUGACGGCGUCAUAGCCGUGGAAAUUGAAUUUCUGGAACCGUUUAACGGCGUGAUCUACAGCAAAGGUCGACACGACGAUCCCAAAUGCAAAUUUGUGCAGAGUGAUUCAGGACAAUAUUCAUAUCAGUUCCUAAUACCAAUUGAAGAUUGUCGUCCUCCUGUAAAUGAGGGUUGUUCAUCUACUGAAGAUGGUGGUGGUUGUGACUUAGGUUCUAUUGAAAAUACAAUAAUCAUCCAAACAGAUAGUACAAUACAGGAAGAAUGGGAUUUAGCACGAAAAGUCUCAUGUCCGUCGGAGACCAAACCAGGUACAGGUAAACGAGUACGAUUCAAGCCUAUAGUAGUCGAUAUGUUAGAAGUUGUUUCUGUUCCUUCCGGAAAUGAAGGCACACUGAAAUGUUGGAUGGAUAUACAAAGAGGUCAAUAUCCAAAUACAUCACCCGUUGACAAGAUCAUAAAAAUUGGGGAAUCGCUUUCAUUAAUUGUAUAUGUAAAAAGUACCGAUGAAGCUUACGAUGUAAGAGUAAGAGAAUGCUGGGCAUAUGAUAAUGAUAAUUAUGAAUCCACAACCACUACAAGUAUACAAUUGACAGAUUCAUCAGGAUGUCCAAAGAGAAAAAAAUUAAUAUCACAAUGGAAAAAAACUCAAACUGUUGACCAAAGUGGUAUAACAACGAUUGGAUACACAAAUGUCACAGCAUUCAAAUUCCCAGACAAACACCAAGUGUACCUCACUUGUAAUGUCGAAUUAUGCUUGGGAAGUUGUCCAGAAGAAAAAUGUCAAGCAGCAUUACCAGGUUUCAUUCCAUCAACAACGCUAGCACCCAUUUGUUAUCCAGGAUCAAAUGAUCCGAGAUGCCCAAAACCUACAUUGCCACCAACCACUCCAGCACCAGUGUGCUACCCAGGUUCAAAUGACCCGAGGUGUCCUAAACCAUCUCCGCCUCCAACAUACUAUCCUUCUCCAUCAACACCCGCACCACCGGUUUGCUACCCAGGAUCAAAUGACCCAAGAUGUCCAAAACCAACACCUCCACCAACAUAUUAUCCUUCACCAUCAACGCCUGCUCCACCAAAUUGCUACCCUGGAUCAAAUGACCCAAGAUGUCCAAAACCAACACCUCCACCAACUACCCCAGCACCUGUUUGUUACCCAGGAUCAAAUGACCCAAGGUGUCCUAAACCAUCUCCACCUCCUACAUCGUACCCCAUCCCAUCAACACCAGCUCCACCUGUUUGUUAUCCAGGAUCAAAUGAUCCAAGAUGUCCUAAACCAUCACCUCCUCCAACAUAUUAUCCUUCACCAUCAACGCCUGCUCCACCAAAUUGCUACCCUGGAUCAAAUGACCCAAGAUGUCCAAAACCAACACCUCCACCAACUACCCCAGCACCUGUUUGCUACCCAGGAUCAACUGAUCCAAGAUGUCCAAAACCAACACCUCCACCAACUACUCCAGCACCAGUUUGUUACCCAGGAUCAAAUGACCCAAGGUGUCCUAAACCGUCACCACCUCCAACAUACUACCCUUCUCCAUCAACACCAGCACCACCUGUAUGUUAUCCAGGAUCAACUGAUCCAAGAUGUCCAAAACCAACACCUCCACCAACUACUCCAGCACCAGUUUGUUACCCAGGAUCAAAUGACCCAAGGUGUCCUAAACCAUCUCCACCUCCUACAUCGUACCCCAUCCCAUCAACACCAGCUCCACCUGUUUGUUAUCCAGGAUCAAAUGAUCCAAGAUGUCCUAAACCAUCACCUCCUCCAACAUAUUAUCCUUCACCAUCAACGCCUGCUCCACCAAAUUGCUACCCUGGAUCAAAUGACCCAAGAUGUCCAAAACCAACACCUCCACCAACUACUCCAGCACCAAUUUGCUACCCAGGUUCAAAUGACCCAAGGUGUCCUAAACUGUCACCACCUGCAACAUACUAUCCUUCACCAUCAACGCCUGCUCCACCAAAUUGCUACCCUGGAUCAAAUGACCCAAGAUGUCCAAAACCAACACCUCCACCAACUACCCCAGCACCUGUUUGCUACCCAGGAUCAACUGACCCAAGAUGUCCGAAACCAACAUUACCACCAACUACACCAGCACCAGUUUGCUACCCAGGAUCAAAUGACCCAAGGUGUCCAAAACCAUCACCACCUCCAACAUCUUACCCCAUUUCAACAACAUUAGCUCCACUUGUAUGUUAUCCAGGAUCAAAUGACCCAAGGUGUCCUAAACCAUCACCUCCUCCAACGUAUUACCCCGUUCCAUCAACACCAGCUCCACCCGUAUGUUAUCCAGGAUCAAGUGACCCAAGAUGUCCGAAACCAACACCGCCACCAACUACCCCAGCACCAAUUUGCUACCCAGGAUCAACUGACCCGAGAUGUCCAAAACCAACUCCGCCUCCAACAUACUACCCUUCUCCAUCAACGCCUGCACCACCUGUCUGCUACCCAGGAUCAACUGACCCGAGAUGUCCAAAACCAACACCUCCACCAACUACUCUAGCUCCAGUUUGUUACCCAGGAUCAAAUGACCCAAGGUGUCCAAAACCAUCUACGCCUCCAAAUACUUAUUUACCUCCAUCAACUCCGGCACCACCUGUAUGUUACCCAGGAUCAAAUGACCCAAGAUGUCCAAAACCAACACCGCCACCAACUUCCCCAGCACCUGUCUGCUACCUAGGAUCAACUGACCCGAGAUGUCCAAAACCAACACCUCCACCAACUACUCCAGCUCCAGUUUGUUACCCAGGAUCAAAUGACCCAAGGUGUCCUAAACCAUCUCCACCACCAACAUACUACCCUUCUCCAUCAACACCCGCACCACCAGUUUGCUACCCAGGAUCAAAUGACCCUAGAUGUCCAAAACCAACACUGCCACCAACUUCCCCAGCACCUGUCUGCUACCCAGGAUCAACUGACCCGAGAUGUCCAAAACCAACAACUCCACCAACUACUCCAGCUCCAGUUUGUUACCCAGGAUCAAAUGACCCAAGGUGUCCCAAACCAUCUCCACCUCCAACAUACUACCCAUCUCCAUCAACACCCGCACCACCAGUUUGCUACCCAGGAUCAAAUGACCCUAGAUGCCCAAAACCAACACCUCCACCAACUACCCCAGCACCUGUUUGCUACCCAGGUUCAAAUGACCCGAGGUGUCCUAAACCAACACCUCCACCAACUACUCCAGCACCUGUCUGCUACCCAGGAUCAACUGACCCGAGAUGUCCAAAACCAACACCUCCACCAACUACUCCAGCUCCAGUUUGUUACCCAGGAUCAAAUGACCCAAGGUGUCCUAAACCAUCUCCACCACCAACAUACUACCCUUCUCCAUCAACACCCGCACCACCAGUUUGCUACCCAGGAUCAAAUGACCCUAGAUGUCCAAAACCAACACUGCCACCAACUUCCCCAGCACCUGUCUGCUACCCAGGAUCAACUGACCCGAGAUGUCCAAAACCAACAACUCCACCAACUACUCCAGCUCCAGUUUGUUACCCAGGAUCAAAUGACCCAAGGUGUCCCAAACCAUCUCCACCUCCAACAUACUACCCAUCUCCAUCAACACCCGCACCACCAGUUUGCUACCCAGGAUCAACUGACCCAAGAUGUCCAAAACCAACACCUCCACCAACUACUCCAGCACCUGUCUGCUACCCAGGAUCAAAUGACCCAAGGUGUCCCAAACCAUCUCCACCUCCAACAUACUACCCUUCUCCAUCAACACCAGCACCACCAGUUUGCUACCCAGGAUCAAAUGACCCAAGAUGUCCAAAACCAACACCUCCACCAACUACCCCAGCACCUGUUUGCUACCCAGGUUCAAAUGACCCGAGGUGUCCUAAACCAACACCUCCACCAACUACUCCAGCACCUGUCUGCUACCCAGGAUCAACUGACCCGAGAUGUCCAAAACCAACACCUCCACCAACUACUCCAGCUCCAGUUUGUUACCCAGGAUCAAAUGACCCAAGGUGUCCCAAACCAUCUCCACCUCCAACAUACUACCCUUCUCCAUCAACACCCGCACUACCAGUUUGCUACCCAGGAUCAACCGACCCGAGAUGUCCAAAACCAACACCUCCACCAACUACUCCAGCACCUGUCUGCUACCCAGGAUCAACUGACCCGAGAUGUCCAAAACCAACUCCGCCUCCAACUACUCCAGCACCAGUUUGUUACCCAGGAUCAAAUGACCCAAGGUGUCCCAAACCAUCUCCACCUCCAACAUACUACCCUUCUCCAUCAACACCCGCACCACCAGUUUGCUACCCAGGAUCAAAUGACCCAAGGUGUCCUAAACCAUCUCCACCUCCAACAUACUACCCACCAUCAUCAACACCAGCUCCGCUGGUUUGCUACCCAGGAUCAAAUGACCCAAGAUGUCCAAAGCCAACACCCCCACCAACUACUCCAGCACCAGUUUGUUACCCAGGUUCAAAUGAUCCAAGGUGUCCGAAACCAUCUCCACCACCUACAUCAUAUCCCAUUCCAUCAACACCAGCUCCACCUGUAUGUUAUCCAGGAUCAACUGAUCCAAGAUGUCCGAAACCAACACCAUCACCAACCACUCCUGCACCAGUUUGUUAUCCUGGAUCAACUGAUCCAAGGUGUCCAAAACCUUCUCCGCCUCCCACAUCUUAUCCAACACCAACACCAACAGUUCCUGAACCGAUAUGUUAUCCAGGAUCAAAGGAUCCUAGGUGUCCACAAAUUGCUCCUGUUCAAACGCCUUUCGUUUGUGUGUGCAAUAGUUCAACUCCUAAACCUAUUACACCUCCGUUAUGCUAUCCUGGUUCCACCGAUCCUCGCUGCAUUAAGCAAGAGUCAUUAGUAUGUUAUCCUGGAUCUCCGGAUCCAAGAUGCCCACAAUAUCCUUCUUCGACACAAUAUCCACCUACGUAUUUACCGCCUUUGGAACCAGUUUAUGGACAAGGAAAUAACCAAUUCAUACAAGAAGUGACUACCCAAUAUCCAUCAUAUAUAUCUACAGAUGACAGUUUUGGUGGUCAGCAGCAACUAGAUCUUUUUAAUAAAGCUUUAAAUGGUUUUAAUAUUCAAAGGAGAGAUGUUGAGUCUGGUAUUCGACAGUUGAAGUCGCAGUUGAAAAAUGAAAUUGGUAACGAAAAUUUAGAUGCUUUAGAUAGCUUAGGAGAUGAUGUAUUAUUUGAAUUACAAAAUCAGUCGGAAUCUCUGAAAAAACGUUAAAUGUAGUUGUUCAUUUAUAAUAGUAGCUUUAUAAAGACAUUUUUAAUUUGCUAAUUCAAAUGUAUGAUUUAUUUAAAUUGCUCAAGUGUGUUAUGUAUAAAAGAUUGUUACCGACCAUCGUUACCAUUUACCACUUUAUAAUAAUGUUUUAUGUGUUAAUUUCAUAUAUUUUGUAUACAUGUUAAUAUGUUUUUUUUAUUAAAUGUAUUUUUAUAUUUAC